CCACGGGUGUCUGUCUGCAGCGUGCGAAGCCCAGGAGCAUUAGGCAAUCGUGGUUUCCUCCCUGCCCUCAGGGACCAGCCGUGCCAGCCCAGCCCCGAGGGGCCUCGGGACCUCAUCUGCUGAGGCAUGGAGGAGACAGUUGUGCGGCCCUCUGUGUUUGUGGUGGACGGGCAGACAGACAUCCCAUUCACGAGGCUGGGGCACAGCCGCCGCCAAAGACGGCCCUGCAGUGCAGCCCAGCUGGGCCUGGGCCUCCUGCUGCUGCUGCUGGUGGCCGGGCUGGCGGUCCAGGGCUGGUUCCUGCUACAGCUGCACCGACGCCUGGGGGAGAUGGUCACACCUGGGCUGGAUGGACAAACAGAAUCCUGGAAGCAGCUGACAGAAGAACGAAGGUCCCACCAGGCCAACCCGGCAGCACACCUCACAGGUGCCAACGCCAGCCUGACGGGCAGCGGGGGCCCGCUGCUCUGGGAGACGAGGCUGGGAUUGGCCUUCCUGAGGGGCCUCGGCUACCGGGACGGCUCCCUGGUGAUCGCCCGCGCCGGCUACUACUACAUCUACUCCAAGGUGCAGCUGGGGGGCGCGGGCUGCCCGCAGGGCCUGGCCGGCGGCCUGCCCGUCACACACGGCCUCUACAAGCGCACGCCGCGCUACCCUGAGGAGCUGGAGCUGCUGGUCAGCCGGAGGUCGCCGUGCGGGCGGGCCGCGGGCGCCCGCGUCUGGUGGGACAGCAGCUUCCUGGGGGGCGUGGUGCACCUGGACGCCGGCGAGGAGGUGGUGGUGCGCGUGCCGGACGAGCGCCUGGUCCGGCUCCGCGACGGGACCCGCUCCUACUUCGGGGCUUUCAUGGUGUGAAGAGGCAGCGGCAGGGACGCCUCCCCUCAGAGGACGCCCCGGGGACCCCAGACCCCUGCAAGCAAAGAGCUCGGCGGGCGCCUCCCAGGGCCGACAACCCAGCCACCCCCAGAAGGCUGAAGACCCAGCAGGUGCCUCCGAAGGGAAGCUGCAGACCCCGCCACGGGCAAUACUGAGGGCAAAGACCCAGACACGUGAGGGUCUAUAGACCCCCAAGGGGGGAAAGCUGGUCCGCCUGAUAUUCAGGAAGAAGGGGUGAGGGGCGGGUAUUUAUGUGUUUGAUUCAGAGAAGAGGAGGACUUGGGGGUCCGGGGACUUGGCCGAGGACAGGCAACCUCAGCCUCCCCCACUCUCAGGAGUGUGGGCGGUUGGAGGAAGGGAGUCAUCGCCAAGACGCAUCCACGUGGACAGCGCGGCCGGUCCCACCCACGACUACAGUCACAGUCAAGAUCGCGCUCGGGCACAGGGAUGUGCCGCCAGCCCUUUGACCACCAGCUCUCCCGGGGGGAGGCUCUGCAGCGUCUGCGAUUCCCUCGGUGUAAAUACUCCCGUCGUGGCUGGUUUCUGGCUACCAACGUAUCACCAACCGGGGGCUGGAUCUCGGCGCCGCCCAGCAUUCACAUCCCACCAGGACACCAGGGCUGUGUUUCAGCACCCGGGUCAGGGCCUGGCAUGCCGCAGGCCCUUGGGAAAUGUUUGCAGAGAGAAAGGGAGGAAGGCGAGAGGGAGGGAAGGAAAGGAAGGAGGAGGGGCAGGACAAGGACGCAGGGAAGGGAAGACGGAGAGAGAACGCAGACGUGCCUACAGCAUCACAGACAAUCACAAGGCUCCACAAUGUCCUUCACACCUGCACUCACACACAAAGCAUCACAUUCUCCACAACCACACACGAGUCACAUUAUGUGACAGCUACGUAUGACACAAUCACACGCGAGUCAUCAUCACAGCCACAGUGACCCAAAGGGGCCAUGCAGUCACACCAAGUGUGACACACGGGAUGCCGUGCUCAUCACAUCAGACUUCCAAGUGCUGCACCAUGGUCACACCCAUCACAGACACACACAGCCUGAGGCUCCUCCCUGCCAGAGGAAUACGGCCCGGGAUGAGGACCAGGCACUGUCUGAGUGCUGGGCUCCCUGACCACGGGUCUUGGAAAUAAACGGUAAAUGUUGCA